AUGAAGUACGUCAUUGAACAUAUGGAAGAGGGUUUCUCCGAAUGGGUUAUCUUGGAGUAUUCGCAAAUCAUUAGAGAAGUGGGUAAAGAGAAUUUAAUAUUGACUUCUUUACCUCCCUCAACCACAGAAAAAGAUAUUCCAUCUAGACUAUCAGAUUUAGGGUUGCAAUGGACUACAAAGGAAUGCGUAGAUAUAGAUGGUGGUAACAUCGAAAAAUCCAAAAUCUGUUUAUUGGAUCCGGCAGCUGAGGUUGAUUUAGUACCUGAAGAUAAUAAUAGUUUUGACUAUUUUGUAUUUGGGGGAAUUUUAGGUUCUCAUCCUAGAAUUGAUAGAACAGGAAUCUUGAGAAGAAAGUAUGGAUUAGCUGGUAGAAGAUUGGGAAGUUUACAAAUGACCACUGAUACAGCUAUCAGAACUACUCAGAAAAUCGUAAAGGAUCAAGUUAAGUUUGAAAAUAUUGAGUUUUUAGACUACCCUGAAAUAAGAUAUAAUAAAUAUGAAGCUACGGAAAUGCCAUUUAGAUAUAUUGUUGGCGAAGAUGGAACUCCAAUAUUACCAGAAGGAAUGUUGGAACUCAUUAAACACGAUGCAGAACAAAGUAUUGAUGAUUUAUUAAUAGAAUAA